UGCUAUGGUGGAAGUUACGAGUGUCGUAAAUAAUAAUUUAUCUAUAUCAAUAUUUUCCAUUCUUGUGUCUCCAAGUGCCAAAGUAUUUAAACUGCAGUGACUAUUUGAUUUUUCCUCGUGCCCUCUUCACGUUGCGAUGUCAUUUCAGUCGAAAUCAUGUAACUGAACUCGAGUGUCGUACGUAAAACUAUCCUCAGGAAGAACUGGAAUUAGACUAUUCUCUGAUAAUGGAAUGGCACUUUAACACAAGAUGACCGACCAUCACUUGAUCUUAUUUGGGUGCUUGUGCGUCAAUUUCUGCUCUCUUUUUCCAUGUGUUGAGAGUCUUUCAUCAUCAGCCAUGGUGGUGACGGUGCAAUGAAUUUUUAUCGAGCUCUGAUUCCUUGUGCUGUGGAACGAAGUGAUGAGCAUAUGACUCAGAGAAUGGGAGUCACAGUCUCCUCCUCGUCCUGCGAUAUUCCAUCUAAUUAUGGACCGGGUAUUACUUGCUCCAAUACCUCAGAACGCUUGGCAGGCCCCGUUCGGGAGAGGAAAAAGCUAAAAAUGGCAGGAUUUGCAACGUUACGAAAAAAGUUCAUUCGUCGCCGAAGAUCCUCAAAAGCUUGUGAUCACAGCCGAGUCAUCCGCGAUUUAAUUUCAGAUUGGACCCGGCUCGAAGUUAUUGCUCUAAUUGAAGAGUAUGAGGCUUUGGCAGCUCUUAAAGAUCUCUCAAUGCAAGCAGAACUGGCUCGACCCCCUGCUGCAACAUUUAAACAGGACUUAUCCAUGCUUUAUGAUUAUAAAUAUUGUACAGAUAUUGAUUUGAUUUACCAGGGAGUUUGUUUCCCUGUUCAUCGAGCCAUUUUGUCUGCUAGAUGCCCCUAUUUUCGAGAUCUUCUUGUGGAAUGUCCUGGAUAUGAAGCACGCAUACGUUUAGAUCUACGCACACCCGGAAUAGAUGUUGAAAUGUUCUCCGCUCUCUUAAGGUACCUGUAUACUGGGGACCUUAUACCCACAGAUGGAGACCGAGAUUUAGUAUUCCUACAAAGACUAAGGGAUGAACUUGGAACUCCUAAUUCCCUAGAAAAUGAUCUGAGGUAUCUUUUGGAAACUGGUGACUACGCUGAUGCAGCUCUAGUUUUUACAUCUGAUAAUUCAGAUUUUCAUAGGCCUGACUCUGGAAGCUCUGAAUAUGGGUUCCGACCUAAACUAGAAUUUCCGUGUCACAAAGCUAUUCUAAGUGCUCGGUCACCAUUUUUUAGGAACUUAAUUCAACGAAGGACAAGAUCUGGCGAAGAACGAACUGAAAGAGCGCUACACAUACCCACUCGAAUUGUUCUGGAUAAGAGCGUGAUUCCAAAGCGUUAUGCCCGUGUGUUACUACAUGCAAUUUACUUGGACACCGUAGAUCUUUCUUUGAUUCGUUGUGGUUCUAACUGUGAUACCAGUGCAAGAAGUUUACACGAGGUUGAAGCUUUGACGCAUACGGGCCGUACUAGGCCAAGUCCAUUAGAAGAGGCCAUGGAGUUGUAUCAGAUAGGUAGAUUUCUUGAUUUGGACAUUGUGGCACAAGGCUGUGAAGAUCUGAUUCUUGAAUGGCUUACUAUUCAUUCUUUACCAGGAGUAUUAAGGUGGAGUUCUCAACCUCAUGGCUCAGCAUGGGUUUAUAGGCAAGCUAAGCACUUUUUACGGGAAGAAUUCUCUCAAAUCUCAAAUAGUCCUGUCUUGCAUCAAUUAGAAAAAUCUCAUCUUAUUGAUGUUUUGCAGUCUGAUUUUCUUCAAGCAAGUGAGCUUGAAGUUCUAGAAGCUGUACUCAAAUGGGGUGAGCAACAGCUGGUACGGCGGAUGGAGGAUAGAGAACCAAAUUUAGUUAGUCAAACAGCUCAUUCUGUAAGUCGGAAAGGAAUAAAGAAGCGGGAUCUCAAUGAUGUCGAGUUGCGGGAAAUUCUCUCAGAGCUUUUACCGCAUGUUAGAAUGGAUCAUGUGAUACCUACUAAUAGUGAAAUACUCAAUCAAGCCAUCAGACGUGGUCUUGUUAGUACACCCCCUAGCCACAUGAUCGGAAAUGAUGAAAGUGAAAGUUUGCCCAGAGUCAAUGCUUGGGUGCGAACAACAACUAAUGCUAAUGGGCUAUUUGUCCGACCUCGCCUUUUUAUGCCGUAUUAUGAAGAGUUAAAGGCUCUGGUCGAAGAUCAUGUAAUUCAAGAGAUGGAACCUAUCAUUAUGCGUCAGCGAUCAAGGCACAUAGCUGAUAUACCAGACACACUAUACAUGGUUGAAGAUAAGCCUCGCUCAGAUUUUCACAAUCCCUCUAUUGCCUCCAUUCCUGUACCUGAUGAAGCAACGAUGCAUGCAAUGGUGAAACGUGAACAUAAGUUGCGAUCUUCCCCUAGCUGCCAGCGUGCAAUAACACUGCCUUUAUCCUCCAGGCAUGAAAUUAACUUGCAAAUCCGUCUUCGUGUUGUGCGUGAAUUUAAUCUCCCGGAUAUUGUUGCUGAUUUGCUUGAGAAUGCUGAAUGUUACUUUAGUGCAGAAGACGAUAUUGUAGGUAGAGAAGAUGAGACUGUUGGUGAGGAGACAUUACCAGUUUCGCAAGUAACGAAUGUGAGGCGGUAUCGUACCCCACCCCGAGCUUACCUCUUACCACCUAAAGUCAUGACGUUCCCGCGACAACUUCAUCUUCAUCACCCUCACGCCGCAGCUUACACUUCUCCUGGAAGUAUGAACGAGGGUUAUUUACGACGACGAAGAAAUGCUUUAACUCCUGAAUCGCAUUAUUUGCGUGAUGCUCAUUUAUCAGAUAAUAUGCCGGACGUUGCAAUGGCCACUGCCUCCGCCUCCUUAAGUCAAUUAACUCUCCAAGAUAAUUCACCGGCAGGAGCUGGUGAACUAGAAUUAGAUUUAGGUGAUGGAACAGUCCCUUUGUUAAGGCAUCGUCAGUACUCUCCCCCGCAACGGUUCUUUAUAUAGCAUCAAAACCGGCUCUGACGUCAACUCAUGUGAGCCGUAACUAUUUUUCUUGUUUUGUGUUCAAAACAAUUUUUUGCAUGUGAAUCUGCCUUUAGAAAUUUGCAGAUUCACGUGUAGCAACUUUUAGAAAAUUCUUUUUUUAUAUUGUGGAAAUCUAAGUUUUUGAAGCUGGGUGAAUUGCACCCUUUAAGUUUGAUGCGCAUUGGAAAAGGGGCAAACAAAUUUUCUAGCAGAGAAGGAAUGGAGGGUCCAAAUCAAUAAUUUAUCGCAGAAAAUGUUGUCGAUUUUUAGGGAAGAAAAAGUGACUAAAGGUACCAGAAAGGUUCAAAGACAGAAUUUUUGAGUGAGAAUAUCCUCAGAUCUUUUUAAGUUUAUAACUGACUUCAAUGCCGGAAAUUACCUUGAAAAUAAUCGCCGCAAAGCGAUGCAUUAGUCCUGAUCUUUGCUUUUGCGAGGUAAUAAAGAGAGAUUGGUUGUAAAAUGUCUCAUUUUUCAGAUAUCUCUGUAUUUUUGUUCAUUCACAUGCUCUGGUCCUUUGAAUAAUAAGUGGUGUUUGAUCUUGGGGGAAAAUGCACUUGAAAUUGGACAAAUUCAACCAAAAUCAACCUAACUGCUUUUUAUGUUAACUAAUUUCUUCUUGUAUUGCUUUGAUUUUUCACAAAAUAUAAAGCAACAUAAUGCCUUAAAACUUCUUGAAUUUUCCUCAGAUUUAAAGAGUGAAUUCAAAAAAUUUCAAGGCAGAAUGUUGGUGAGUUUUCUUCAUGAAAAUAAAACGUAAGAGGGAAUUUAGGGACGUUCAUUGCCCUCAGGUUGAUUCUGGUUGAUGCUAACUUACUCAUCUUCAUGUUUUUUCAACAAAUUUGUAUUGCAUUAAUUUGUAUGGGACUCAUUUGAUUCACACAUUUUUCCUUUUUUACUCUCUACUUUUAGAGAAAACUAUCCGAACAGUAUAAAUGAUGAAAUUAUAAAAAAAUUAGUAGGUACUAAAAGUGUAUAAAAAACGACGUUGAACCGAAUAAUUGUUUUCCUCUUGUGAAUCAUUUAACAGAAUUUUUAAAAUGUAAAGACAGUUGGAAAGAGUGAUCAUUCAAUUUUUCCCAGUGUCUCAUGCUAAAACCUUUAUUUUAUCAUUUUCAGCCCCUAUUUAGCAUCAUAAAUAUAACUUACUCUUAAUUUUUAAUUCAUUUCAGCAGAUUCUCUCAGCCAGCAUCUGAUUUUAAGAUAAGCAGAUUCUAAAUUCAAAAUAGUUUCAAGUUUGAUUACAGUAUUAGUCGAUUUGCUUCUCAAUAAAGGAAUACUCAGAAACGGGUAUCUCUGAUUUUACUGCAGAAUAGUUUCAAGUUCGAUUACAGUAUUAGUCGAUUUCCUUCUCAAUAAAGAAAUACUCAGAAACGGCUAUCUCUGAUUUUACUGCAGUUAGCAUCAAAUCAUAGUUCAAGUGUAGCUGUCUGAUAGGUUCCUAACAAUUACGGUGAUACAGCGGCUAUAAGCCUUGAAAAUGUAUCCAAAAAUGUUCUAUUGAUCAUUAUCCCCCAAGGAACAAUGAAGUCAGCCACUAGUUCACGUCAACUAGUGUGGUGACAUAGGCAGUACUUGCUUUGCAUCCAGGAGGCUGUGGGUUCAUGUAGUUUUUCCUGUAGACCCGGCUCUUCCCUCAGAAUAGAGCUCUUUUUUUUUCAUACGAUAUGAGGGACCAUCAAUUUAACAAACAUAGAUAGCAAGUCCUGGCGCAUGGGUUUCUCUUCCGAAAGAUGAAGUGCGACUUCCUGGAUAAAAUUUGUCGUUCAUGAAGUUGAUAAAUUUGUAUUUUUGACUACUUUCAGCAGAAAAGUGGCACUCUAUUCUCAUGGUGAAAAAAGUGGGUGUUCUUAUGCCUUUUAUUAUUAUCUGUUGAAAUCGUGGUAUGAAGUUCACUUUAUGCAAUGAGCAUAUUGAAUCUGAGGAAAGGAAGUCAAGAGAAAAAUAGUUUUUUUUUAAUCUAUAAAUAUGAAAAUAUUUUUAGACUAUUUUUUGAAGGGUUUUAGGGCUGGGUUGCAAAAACUUCUAAUCAACAGUCAAUGAGCUGUACUUGAGCCAUUUUUCCCCACAAGCUGCAUCAAAAUCAGGGACAGCCUCCUCUAAGCCUUCCCUUUUAAUCUAAUUACUCAACUAUUCAUGUGUUUGCUAUAUCUUAAGAAAACACAUUUUAAUUUACCCAGUAGCUCAUCCUCAGAAGCUCCAACCUCCUAUCUUCAGCGAUCUGUUGCCAAGUAUGAGGCUUUAUGCCAUGUAAUAGCUUGAAAUGUAUUGGUCCAUUUAAAGGUAAAAGAUAAAAUAAUAUGCUAGCGAGUUUUAACCAACCAAUGGUAACCUGUUAGGUUAGGAUGUGCAUUUUCAAUCAAUGAAAUUUGAUUUGCUUGCUGUCAUGACUUUCAUUUUUAUCUAUAUUUUUUCAAUUCAGCAGUAUUCAAUAUGUAUCAAUCUUAUCAGUGUACCCUUUUACACAAAAAAGUUCUGCUUUACUCGACUUGAAAGAGAGCUUUUAAUUCAUCAUCCUCUUAGUAAUUGUAAUUAGUCUCACAUACUCUCAUUAGAAAGCAUCGAGAAGUAAAGAGACAAUCUUAAAUUCCUAAUGUAUCGAAUGGUGAUCAAGUGAACUCUUUUUUGCAAAAAAAGAAUAAACUCAAUCUACUUUGGAAUUAUUGUGUCAGAAGAUCUCUUUUGCAUUAAAGAGCUCAGUUCUCUUGAAUAAUUAGCUCAGUAGAGAUUUUAUUACUUGUUUUCAUGCCUUUGUACAUAAGUGUGACCUUGUUUGUAAAUAUGCGCUCGGGCAAUGUUGUGUAAAUUGACUAGUCGACUAGCUCUUAAGUGUUAAGUGUUACUAAAUCGUGAUAAAAAUGUUUAUACAUAUUUUCUUUUCUCAUGUUUGACUCAAAAAUCUUAUUAUUUUUUCUCUCUCUAAGUGAGAUGUUCAACCAAAAUACAUUUUUUUCAAGUGCUUUGUAAAGGGACUUGAUGAGGAAAGCAGAUUGAAACCAGCCCUUCAAAAGUAGAGCUUCAUUUUUUUCUGUAUAAGUUUUGGAAUUAUCACAAAGAAACUUUCUCAAGAUUUUGCUAUGACUGAAUAAAUUAUUUGCUUAAGUUAAAUGAAUAGAAAAAUCCAAUGAUGACAUUGCUGCAAGGAGCCUGAAAGCACAUAGUGCAAAAUGUCAAUGUGAGAAUACUCCUCGAGCCUGUUUCCCUCUAUAUGUCAGCUGAAAGGUGUCUAAAUGUCAUGAGGUAGUGUAAGAAGACAGUUCAGUUUAUGAGAUACUGUCACACUGUGUUCUUUAAAUAUUAUGUUGGAGCAGAAAAAAUCUUAGACUUGGUCGAUCUGAAUUGCUAUUUGAACAGCUCAUUAUCCUUUCAUUAAAAUACAGUCCAGAUUGGGUUUUUAUUUUUUUAAUGCAGCUCAAGACAUCAUGAGCAAAAUACCAAGAAAAACGUUAUUCUUAAAUGUGUGACUUAAAUAGACUGAAAGAGAUUUAUUUGUAGAAGAGUUCAAAUUGUCUAGGUAGCAGGGGUGGUUAGUAAGGUCUUGAAUAGUGGCUUUUAUCUAGUGCGGCCUGUCGCCCUUGUCCUCUCAAUUUUUCAGUUGGACCAAGCUCAAUAGCAAAGUAUUGCACGCAAAUUUUCUUUUCAAAACUCCCGACCGAGAACUGACAGCUUAUGUUUGCUCUAAAUAUUCAUGUGUAAGGGUCAAGAGGUCAAAAAAAUUAAGAAUCGAUCUCUCAACUAAAUGUCAGCUUAGCACAGCUUUCAUCUAGAGUUUCUCAUUCCUAUUUGCAAAUAUGACGGUCAUAUUUUAUCCCUACACACAUAUGUGCCAAACAUUGAACCUCAAUCGAUAGCUCAGCCAGAGAUCCUAUGAGCUAAUUAUUGAUUGUCAGAAGCAGGACGAUGAGACAUCAAAAUGCUACGUAUUAUGCAUGGUUAAGACAGGGCUAUGUCCAGUCUUGUCUAAUCUUGUUAUGCUGAUAUACUUUCAAUAAUGGGGCCCCAGUUCAGUAAAUAGUACUGCAAGGUAGGGCUUUAUGGAUGGAGGUCACUCGGUAAAGGAGCAAUGAAGUUUAACAAAUUUUUUAGCAGUAAACACUCUAGUCAGGCAGAGCAAAAACAUUUCAAAGGCUCUGUUUAAUGGACUGAAGCUCUCUAAAUCAGUUUUAGAUGCUCCUCUUGAGUCUUAUCAUAAUCAGUGUGUACGACAGAAACAACCAAUUUUGAACGAUGAAUCCAUCACUUGAAAGAGGAAUCAAAUUUUUAUCAGACGUUCAAAUCUCUGAUAAAGUUCACUCUCUUCAUGUGAUCUUGGCUGCAAGGCAUAAUAAUUUCUAAGCAUAGCUCAGAAAUUCUCAGUCAUAACUUUAAAGGGACUUGACUUCAAAUUCAUCUUUGUAUUUUUUCAGUAGGUGGUUCUUCGAAUUAUUUGUUUCAAUUACUGUUAUUUUUAUGACAAUUUGGUGUCAAGAGGGUUCAGUUUACCGUCGAAAUUUUUAUUCCUUGUAUAUCUGGUCAGCCAUGAACUUCUUGAUCGAAUGCUUUUAUCUUUUAUCAAAGACCUCUGAGUUAUUUUAAAUCUGUAAGUCAGUGUGGAUUAGUAUGAUUGGAGUGUGUAAAGUUUGAAAUCUGAAUUGAUAUGUAGAAUGAAGUACUGAAUCAAUGAGCCAUCUGAGGGCUUUUCUCCUGUACAGCUCCAAAGUAUAUGGAAGAAAAUCAAGCAUUCAAAGCUUGUUAGGAAGCUUAAAAUUUUCUCUCCAAUAAAGUUAUGUUGUAUAGGAGGAAUGAAGAGGGGAACCAUAAUACCGAUACAAUGCCAUCUUUUUGGCUUCAAUCAAGGAUCUUAAGUAUUUGUAAGGUUGCAUUGACUAAGAGCCCUCAGAUUAUUUCUCUAUAAUCAAAGUUAACACGACUUCAAAUUGUAAUGAGGUGCGCCUUAGUGAAAUAUUUAAAUCCCUGCCUACAUGUAUCUUGUGAAAAUGAGUUCCCUUUGAAGCUAGCUUUCUUGUGUAUGUAGCAUUAUCUAUUGUAUAAUUAUUUAUGAGUGGCUCUGAGAAAAAGUAUCUUAUCCUUCAGAAGAAAUUGUUUGAAAAGGUGCAAAUAACAGAAGAAUAAUCAUGUUAAUGUUAAAACUUACAAUAAAUACUAACAGUGGUCCAAUGUUGGAGUAACACUGUGGCUUCCUCAUUUUACCGAAUGUGCAAUAUUUUGAAUCAACAAACUUGCAAAUUACUAUUUAAACAUUUGAACUAUUUCGAGUUAGCACCAUGGGCAUUCAAUACAUCAGAAAAACAAUAUUUUCAACAAUUGAAAGGACAGCUAAGUCGGCAUCUUUUUUGUCUGUGUCAAAUUUGUGAUGAUAUAUGCUCUCUGGUUUUUUUCUAGAAUAUGUGAGUGCCUUAUCAAUUCAAUUUUUCUUUGUAAAAAACCGGUAAGCAUUUUCAGUCCUUUGGCUGUAACACAUAUGGGCCUUGUUCGGCCAAGAAAAUCAUGUGACUUUUUCCAACAAAUAGAGGCAUGGACUUUAUUCAGAAGCUUAUUUUCCCUUGCCAAAAUUUAUAGUCCACAAAAAGUAAUCCAGUAAGCAAAAAUUUGAUUUCAAGUUCGUUUUUCACCUUGAGUCUCAUGGAGGAUUGAAAAUUUCAAACAUAUUAUUCCUCCAUUCCAAGUCCUAGUAAUUUUUUACAACUGUCACAAAUCUUGUGCCAAAAAUUUGUCCAAUGUCCACUACUUUACAGAUUACCAAUAACUCUAAUUCCAAGAUUUCCAAGACAAGAUUGCUUUUUUAAGAGCCUGACACAAAUUAGACAAAAUCGAUGAAAAGAACCAAACUGAGACUACAAAUACUCAAACUUCAUAUGUAGUUAUGCUCAUAAUGUUAGAUCUUUCAUGACCAAUUGUUAAAACGUCAUUUAUUUUUUUCUGACAGUGCUUAUUACAGAACUUUUACGCUCAAGUCCUUGAAGAAAGUAAUGAGAAAUCACUAACGCUAUCAAGGUAGGAUUUCACUCCAUAAACUUGGUUUUGCAAAUCCAGUAAUUGAUUGACUUAUUUUGUUUGUUUGCUUUAAUUAUAGCACUAACAACUUAAGUAGAUACUUACAGAAAGAAAAUAAUUUUCUCUAUGUCGGAAUCAAAGCAAAUUAAUCAUAAUCUUUUUCUCUGUAUUCAAAUUACUUUCUUCUCCCCAUCCAAAAACAAGAAAUAAUCACUGUUGAAUCAGUAGACAUACAUUGUACUUGAGAAUUUAUCUCUCAUGUGUAGCUUACUUACUGCAAAUAUCCUUAUUGUCUCUUACCACGAGGGAUUCGUUUUAAUGUGAAAUAAUAAUGAUCCUACUUGUCGUUUUAUUUUAUUUAAAUUAAGACCUGCUAUUAUAGCCUUGCCAGCAAUCGAGUUGCCAUCGGUCAUGUGUUCAAUUCUUCAAAUUUCAUUUACUUGCAGCCCAUCUUAUGAAUUAUAAAUUGCAUCUGUGAGGCUGUUUAAAAAGAAAUCAAUUUUUUGCAAUUUUUGGCGGAAUAUUGGCAUACAUCAUUUUGAAUGCCCCAUAAAGUUUGAUCAUGCUGUGAUAAAAAAAAACAACUAAUUAACGUAUGAAAGCAACCAAUCGUUGUAAUUUAUACACCUCAAAAUUUUCAUUCUUAGGCCUCGUCUGUAUAAGCGCAGUUAAGGCGAAUCAGUUCCUCAAAUUGGGGUGUUAGAGGAACAAGUUAUAGGUAAGUCAUCCAAGUUCCUGGAACAAGUUCACCCAAAGUACCUCGAACCUCGCUCAUGUGAAAAAGGCUUACUUUAUUUUGAGUAGUUAUUUCCAAGAAUUUGUCAUAAUCCUAAAGCAUAGUUUAGUUAAAUGAAUUGUCUUUAGUCUACUUAUUUGAUGGUUUAAAUUCCUUUUGGAGCUUCAAGGUGAGAGUGUAGUACCUAUGCAAAGCAAAUGUAAUUUUUUACGGAGUUCACUGUGGUGAUCUUUCUAGUUUAAAAUUUUUAUAUACAUGGUUAUUCUCACAAGAUGGAUUACUUUUAAAUUAAUUUUCUGAUUCCAGUGAUGUACAAAAACUAUUGAGAUGGGGCAUUCACUAAAAUAUGGACAAACUUCAUUGAAAACUCUUAGUUCCUCUUGUAACAAGGAAACUGACUGUUAGUCAAAGUCCAAAGUAUUUUCAUCAGCAGGAAUACUCAGCUUCUAAUUUAGUUAGUCCGUGAAGAUAAUUUCGCUGGAAACCCCAUAUUUUCCAGAGACAAAAAUUUGGUUUCUUUUCAACUGCCGGUCUAUGUUUGUGCAUGUAUGUAGGUAAAUAGGGUUAUACAGUUACGCUAUUGUCACUGCAAUGAGAAUUUAACUAUUCUCUCUUUUCUCAAAAAAAGUGUAUGUAAUUAAUCUACUGUAAUACAGAAUGUGCAAAUAAAUUCUGGCUAUUAUAUUGACUUCAAAAA